AUGGACGAAUACCGCCUUGAUAAUCUUCGCUCCGCCUACGUGGCACUCGAAGAGGCUGUCUCAGCCCUUCUUCGCACACAAAGUCAAGAAGAAGCGCAAAUUCGCGGCCGGCGUAAUGAUUGCCUUGCUCUCCUCCAUUCCGCCCAGCAACAUCGCGAUAUAUUUCCCACCGAUGAAUUCCAACGCUUAUCUCAUAAUAUCCACGAUAUGGUCAAUGACCUCGAGAAGGCUGGCCAAACAGAUCCAGAACGCCAUAAACGGCACCCAAUAGAUGUGGUACAACUCGGGGCCUCCACAUCCCGAGGGGGUCGACGGUCUAUCGUGAUAGAAGACAACUUCCUCCGAGAGGCGAUACAGCUCAAGGGACCCACUCAGAUUGCGCGAGUCCUUGGCUGCUCACCUAGAACAGUGCGGCGGAGGUUGUUGGAUCUUAAUCUGGUCGCUCCCGGUGCGCCAGUGUUUCAGUCCUUGGCUCUGCCGGACGGCUCCGAGGAACGGCGGCGUAACGUUGCAUGCGGACGUUCCACUCGGCAUACUGAUAUAUCCGACCAACACCUCGAUUCCUUGACUUUCGCUAUUUUUCAACUUUUUCCUAAUGCCGGCAGGAGUAUGGUCAUGGGACAGCUGGCUAGCCAGGGUGUCCGUGUAUCUCGUUCACGACUACGAUCAUCGAUGGUGAGAGUGCGUGGGGCCCCACCAUCGUUUGGCCGCCGCAAGAUUUCACGGAAGAAGUAUUGGGUUCCAGCGGUCAAUUCAUUGUGGCAUCACGAUGGACAACAUGGUCUCAUCCGAUGGAAGUUGGUCACCCAUGCGUUCAUUGACGGGAAAUCGCGAUUCGUGACUGGCUUGCGAGUUCACAACAACAAUCGUUCAUAUACAGUCCUUUGUCUGUUCUUGGAAGCAACAGCACUGUAUGGUGUGCCGAGCAGAGUUCGAGGAGAUCACGGCGUCGAAAAUGUCCAAGUCGCAGAGGCAAUGGAGCGACUGCGUGGUCCGGGUCGGGGUUCCUACAUUUUUGGCAGGAGCAUUCACAAUACCCGCAUUGAACGCCUUUGGUUAGACUGGACUCAAGGCCUGGGAGUGAAGUGGUAUGACUUCUUCAUGUCCCUGGAGCAAUAUUAUGGUUUGCAUGUCGACGAUGACCUACAUAUCUGGCUUUUACACCAUCUCUUUCUACCUGCACUCAAUAAUGAGGCCCAAGCUUGGGUCAACACCUGGAAUUUCCAUGUUCUGCAAAUUCGUGGCGAGCCCAAUCGCUCACCUGCUGAUAUCUUUUUAUUCGGUCAGGUUGAAGAAGGCGUCCAUACUUUACCUUUUGCAGAUGAAUCCCUCGAAGACCAACCCCUUGAAGAUCUGCCUCAUUAUGGCGUGGAUCAUGAGGCUCAACGUGAUGCUCGCAUUCGGGAACAUGUCUUCAACCACAACAAUGAGGAGCGUUCGGAAUCCCUUCCUGCACGGCUCAAUUCGGUGGUUUGUGAAUCGCCCCUUUGCCCGCUUCUUCCAGUACAACUCUCAAGUCUGGAUGCCAGACUGCAUGGUGCUGGGCUCGACGCGUGCAAUGUACCUAGUAUGGAUAUGCGCAAACUGAUCUGGCAAGAAGCCUUGCGUAUUGUUAUGGAACUAGUGUCGUAG